AUGCCCCGGUUCGAGGCGCUGGAGACGGUGAGCGACAUUGCACCGGCGCGUGCGCGGAGUGUGCUGCGCGAUGCCGCGAAGCAGCUCGCGGAGCGGGGGCUGAGCGGUGCAUCGCACUGCAAGGACCCGGUCAAGUUUCCCACGCACUCGACACCUGCGCUGAAUCUCGGGUCGCCUGCGUGGGAGCAGCAUACGAGCACGAGCCGCAGCGCGUCGGACGGUGCGGCAUGGACGUUUGGCACGCAAGAUGCACUGGCGUCGCCCGCUGUGCCGACCGUCGGCCUGAUCUCGCCUGCCGGCGACGCGAGCGCGUCGUCCGCGCCGCAUAUGAGCUCUCCGGAGCGCCCACCGCUCCACGUCCAUUUUGACGCGCCCGAGAUUGUGCGGCCAGACAGUGAAGAGGCGGAGACUUACGCGCUGGCCAAGUCGUGCUUUGACCAGCGCGAGUACGACCGCUGUGCGUGGCUGCUAGACCAGGAUCCCGCGCUCUCGGACAAGGGGCGGUUCCUCCAGCUCUAUGCGCGCUUUCUCGUGUUUCAGCGCGAGCUCGACGAGGAGGGCGAGCUGCCUCCUCUUCCUUAUACCACCGGCACCGAGCCGAGCGGCCCGACGCUCGUGCCGCUGCUGAGCCACCUCGUGCGGCCGACGGACCCCUUUCUUCUUUUUCUCAAAGGCGUGAUUCUCCAGCGCCUGCACAAGCGUGUCGAGGCGAUGGACUGCCUGCUGAGCAGCGUGCGUGCCUUUCCCUACAACUGGAGCGCAUGGCAGGAGCUGAGCCGCACGCUGAACAAUGCCAACUCGGAGCGCGAGCAGAUUAUGGACCUGCUUCCUGACUCGUUCAUGAGCGUCUUUUUCCUCGAGUACGCCGUGCGCCAGGCGACGCAGGUCGAUGCCGGGAACCUCGAGCGCAUCGAUGCGCUACUGCACUACUUCCCCCACUCGCCGUACCUCUUGACGUCGCGCGCACAGACGCUGUACCUGCACCAGGAGCUCGAGGAGGCGGCCGAUACCUUUCACGAGGCGCUCGAGCUCGAUCCGUACCGCCUCGACGGGAUCAGCGAGUACUCCAAUACCCUCUAUGUCCUCGACCAUGCCGAGGCGCUUGCGCAGCUCGUGCAGCAGUUUGCGCGCCUGGGCAAAGACCGGCCCGAGGUGUGCUGCCUGAUUGGCAACUACUACAACCAAAGGAGCGACCACUUUCGGGCGGUCGAGUCGUUCAAGCGCGCGCUGCGGCUGGACAGCGAGUACGUGGCCGCGUGGAUUUUGCUCGGGCACGAGUACCUCGAGCUCAAGAACAGCCAUGCGGCCGCGGAAAUGUACCGCCGCGCGCUCGAGAUUAAUCCGCAGGACUACCGGCCAUGGCAUGGCCUCGGCCAGGUGUACGAGCUGAACGAGGCGUGGUCGUACGCGAUCCACUACUACCAAAAGUGCGCGGCAAUCCGCCCGUACGACGCCCGCAUGUGGGCAUCGCUCGGCGUGUGCUACGACCGCCUGGGGCGCACCGCCGACGCGAUCGCGUGCUUCAAGCGGCACCUCACCUGCCCGCUGACCGAGAUGGAGUCGGUCGACGCGAUCUCGCGCAUCAUUGAUCUGUACGAGCGCGACGGGGACACGGUGCACUCGACACUCUUCCACUGCCUCCUCGCCCAGGUCGUGGACAAGAGCAUGCAGCAGCUCGACCCGGUGCUCAUCGCGCGAUACGCCUUCUCGUUCGUGAUUGCCGCGCGGUUCGAGAUGGGCGAGCUGCACGGCAAGCUCUUUUACUCCAAGGCCGAGCAGCGUGCGGCACGCGCCGGCGUGCCGCCGCGCGCGGCGCCCGCGCCGCGGGGCGACGUCGCGCUCGCACGCGACUACCUCCAAAAAGUCAUCCUCGCCGGGACCGAGAUGACGCUCGUCGCGGAAGAGCUGCUGAAGAAGCUCGAGACAAAUAGUGCACGCUAG